GUAAAACCAAUCCAAUCCAACUCAACACCACCAACGACCGAUCCGAUACACAUACAUGCUCGCAACAAGAACCCUUCUUCUCCGAUCAACCGCCCUCAAAAUGGCACUCCACCCCCCACCACCCGUCGAGAAACUAAUCUGUACGUCCCCUCCAUAAACUGCCCCUCCAAGCACCCCUCCAUCCCGCGUCCCAGCUAACAAAACAGUCGCCCCCGCCGACUCCCAAAACAACACCCAAGCCGCACAAUUCACCAAAGGUUCUCUCGACCCCUCCCAGCUCUCCCCAUCCCCCCUAACCCAAUUCCACACCUGGUUCUCGCACGCGCAAACCUCCCACGUCCCACACCCCGAAACCGUCUGUCUCUCCACCGCCUCCCUCCCCUCCGGCCGCGUCUCCGCACGCAUGGUCUACCUCAAAGAACUCGACCCCCGCGGCUUCGUCAUCUACUCAAACUGGGGGACCUCGAAAAAAGCCCGCGAUAUCGAGUCCAAUCCCUGGGCGAGUCUGACGUUCUGGUGGGCGGAGCUGGAGAGACAGGUUAGGAUUGAGGGGAGGGUGGAGAGGUUGAGUACGGAGGAGAGUCAGGUUUAUUUUGAUACGAGGAUUAGAGGGAGUAGGGUGGGGGCUUGGGCUAGUCGGCAGAGUGAGGUUAUAGAGGGACGGGAGGUGUUGGAUGGGUGGGUGGAGGAGGUGGAGAGGAGGUUUGAGGGGACGGAGGGGAUUCCUUGUCCGGAGUUUUGGGGGGGUGUUAGGGUUGUGCCUGUGGAGGUGGAGUUUUGGCAGGGGAGGGAGAGUCGGUUGCAUGAUCGGUUUAGGUAUUUGAAAGCUGAGGGGGGAGAGGGAGGGGAGGGGGGAGAGUGGAAGAUUGAGAGGUUGAGUCCGUAG